CCACUUCUCUACUUGUAUCGAGAUUUCCUCCAGACGGCUUUGCUUGGGAGUUGGGAAGGCGCAAAUCUGUCUCAGAUAGUAGUACUGGAAACCUUACCAAAAAAAAAAGAGCUUCUGCAAGGCGUCUGGUACAAAUAAGAUCCAGGUUAGGAUUGCAUGCGAUAAACCUUGAGAAAAUCCACCUUAUCCCUUCCCUUGCACCGCCGCCAUACCACAUACAGAUCGCUUGCUGCACCACGACACUGUCGUCCCUUUCAACAGACCGCGACGCCGCUAAAAGAUCUGGAAGAAUCCGCCUCCCGCAAGUACGCGACGAUAAGCUCCAAACCGUCCCGGCCCCACACCACACCCCAGUCCCAUACGAUUCCUCUGUUUCUGUAUAAAUAUGGCGCGCCACUCCCGCCACUCGCCGCACACAAGAACAUCAGCACACAGCUCUCGCACACAGCAGAUCAAGCACGCUCUCACUCUUUUCUUGCUCACUUCACUUCAAGUUCAUUGAUGAGCAGCUGCUUUGAGGCGUCAGCAAUGGCCGACCUGAUUCCGGGGUUGCCGGAGGAGGUGGCGAGGGAGUGCCUCAUACGGGUGGGGUUCGACCAGCUGCCGGCGGUGCGCCGCAUCUCGCGGCAGUGGAAGGAGGAGGUCGAGUCGCCGGGCUACGGCCGCCUGCGCCGCGCCGAGGGGCUGGCGCGCCCGGUGCUCGCCAUGGUCCAGGCGCAGCCCGAGCGCGUCGAGCCUGGCCCGGCGCACAAGCACUCGUCGGCGUCGGCUGCCAACGGCGGCCCCGCGAACAACUACAGGACGGUGCUGCUGGACCCGGUGGAGGGGCGGUGGGCCCCGCUGCCUCUGCUGCCCGGCCCGACCGGGAGCCUGCCCCUGUUCUGCCAGGUGGCCGCGGUGGACGGCGCGCAGGGGAGGAAGCGGCUCGUGGUCGUCGGCGGGUGGGACCCGGAGUCGUGGGCGCCGACGGACUCGGUGUACGUGUACGACUUCUUGACAGGCGCGUGGCGGAGCGGGGCGCCCAUGCCGGGCCCGCGCCGGUCGUUCUUCGCCACCGCGGCCGUUGCCGGGGCAGUAUACGUCGCCGGCGGGCACGACGAGGAGAAGAACGCGCUCCGGUCGGCGCUCGCGUACGACCCGGACUCCGACGCGUGGGCCGCGCUCCCGGACAUGGCGGAGGAGCGCGACGAGCCGCGCGGGCUCUGCGUCGGCGGCAGGUUCCUGGUCGUCGGCGGGUACCCGACGCAGGCGCAGGGGCGGUUCGCUGGCUCUGCCGAGGCCUUCGACCCGGUGACGGCGGCCUGGGGCACUGUCCAGGAGGGCCUGCUCGAGGACGGCGCGUGCCCGAGAACCUGCUGUGUAGCGCCGGGAGCGGAGCGCAUGUACAUGCUCCGCGACGGGAACCUCGUGGCGCGCGACGGCGGCCCCUCGGCGGGUUGGCGCACGGUGGCGUCCGUGCCGGAGGACGCCCGCACUGCGUCGACCGUCUCGGCCAUCCCCGGCGGACGCGUCGUGGUGAUCGGCUCAGGCUGCCACGGAGGCGACCAGACCGUGUACAUGCUGCGCGACGAGGCCGGCAAGACCGCGUCCUGGACGCGCGCCUCGGCACCGCCAGAGUUCUCGGGGCACGUUCAGGCCGCAUGCUUCCUAGAGAUCUGAUCCACUCCACAUAUGAUGUGAUCACUGAAGCCUGUGUACAGAACUAUGGAUAGUGUAUAUAGAGGUAUAUUUAUGCGUAUAUGACGCAUCAACGCGCGCCGACGAGGGCCUCGUUUUUCCGCGCCAUGUCUCGAGCUUUCAUAGCAACCAACAACCAUGUACGAAAAUGAUGACGGUUAAACGAGUGCAGAAAGAUUGUUGCAA